CUCGUUCGCGAGAAAGGCGUGAUCAGUGGUGCCGCAAACGUCGCGUGUUUAUGUUAUCGUCGCUACAAACCGGUCGUAUUGUGCGUGGAAGGGCUCUUCUCGGCGAAAGAAAUCUCCAGAACUCCCAGCACGACAAUGCCGGCACCGAUACCGUGUAUCAUCGUACUUGGAAUGGCUGGCUCUGGCAAAACAACAUUUGUACAAAGGCUGGUGUCCAAAUUGUACAAUGAUACAAAGCCUUAUGUUAUUAACUUAGAUCCUGCCUGUAAAGAUGUUCCGUACCCUGCUAACAUAGACAUAAGAGACACUGUAAAUUACAAAGAAGUAAUGAAACAGUACAAACUCGGUCCAAACGGAGGCAUAGUUACUACGUUGAAUCUCUUCUCUACAAAAUUUGACCAGGUGAUAGAACUUAUUGAGAAAGCCAGCGAAGAGCACAGUUAUGUGAUUUUGGACACACCAGGACAAAUUGAAGUAUUCACGUGGUCAGCCAGCGGCACAAUUAUAACAGAAGGAUUAGCUUCUCAAUUUCCAACUAUUAUCGUGUAUAUAGUGGACAGUGUGAGAAGUGUCACCCCAGUCACGUUUAUGUCCAACAUGCUAUAUGCCUGUUCUAUACUUUAUAAAACCAAAUUGCCAUUUAUCGUAGUCAUGAACAAGACCGAUGUUGUUGAUCAUCAUUAUGCGCUCGAAUGGAUGCAUGAUUUUGAAGCCUUCCAGGAAGCGCUCGACAUGGAAAGCUCUUACGUCAGCAACUUAACACGCAGCAUGUCGCUCACACUUGAUGAGUUUUAUAAAGAUUUGCAAUGCUGUGGCGUCUCCGCGGUAACAGGCGCUGGAUUUGAUGAUUUUCUCGAGCUAGUUAAAGAUGCCAUAAAGGAGUAUGAGAGUGAUUACAGAAAAGAUUUCGAAAAAAUGAAGAAAAUGAGGGAGGCUGAACGAAAAAAAACGAAGGAUGAAGAGUUAGAGAAAGCUGGUAAAAAAGUAGUAGGUGAGGAUGUGCCUUUUGUAACGACAACCAACACUGGUUGUGAAAUCUUAGAAAUCUACUUAAAACAUCCGGGUAAUGAGUCGAGCGAAGAUGAAGAGGGGACGGAGGACACAGACAGGCGAAGGGAAGAGGGCGAAAAGAAAGAAGAAGACUCUUUUGCAGAUUUCCUCAAGAGGCGUAAUAUGGAACAGAAUGAACGAGAGAGCAAACGACAGUCUGGCCCUAGUACAAGUAAAAAUUAACGAUUGUCAACAACGUGAAUACCGCCUGAGAAAGCACGGUGACCAAUAAUUCCAAGAUGACUUCAACGAUUGUUU